GAUACUUCGUCAUCAUAGUCCGGUCAGUCAACCAAUUGAGUCCAAUACCGACAGUCAUACUAAAGAGAGAGUUAGUCAUUUGUUGAUAGUGUUUUCAUUAUUUAAACGGAAUCGCUUAGAAUUUCAAAUUGAUUUGUCAAUUACCAUUUAAGUCAUUUACUGUAAUACUCUUAAUUGUACUAUCAAAUAGUCAUUCGGUCAGUAAACCGAGUAAAUUAUUCAUAUCUUAUCAGUCAACGACAACACCUUGAUUCCAAAUGUCUCUCGCCCGCGUAUUUUACCGUAAUAUGGCCACUGCGGCCAAAAUCAACAACGUAGUGGUGAUCGGGGGUGGCCUUAUGGGUGCCGGAAUUGCUCAGGUCGCUGCAGCAACCGGUCAUAAUGUAACUCUGGUGGAGGUAAAUGACAAACUCGUUGAUAAAGCCGUAGGGAGCAUCAAAAAAAGCCUUGAGCGUGUGGUAAAGAAACAGUUCAAAGAUGAUGCUGCUAGGGGCCAGCAAUACGUUGAGGAAACGUUGAAAAACCUCAAAGGCUCUACCAAACUCGAAGAUGCAGUUUCUUCUUCCGAUUUGGUUAUUGAAGCCAUUAUUGAAAAGAUGAACAUUAAGCAUGAACUGUUCCGCAAAAUUGAUGCCGCAGCACCAGCCAACACAAUUUUCGCCAGCAACACCUCAUCACUUUCCAUUGCUGAAAUUGGAUCGGUAACCAAGCGGGAGGAUCGUUUCGGAGGAUUGCACUUUUUCAAUCCUGUCCCAAUGAUGAAACUUCUGGAGGUCAUCAGAACGGAAAAAACCUCCGAACAAACAUAUCAGCUGUUGAUGGAGUUUGGCAUGUGCAUGGGCAAAAGUUGUAUCACUUGCAAGGAUACUCCCGGGUUUGUGGUUAAUCGUCUGUUGGUUCCUUACAUGGCGGAAGCUGUGCGUCUUCUGGAACGUGGCGAUGCCAGUGCUAGAGAUAUAGAUACGGCAAUGAAGUUGGGUGCCGGUUAUCCGAUGGGACCGUUUGAACUAAGCGAUUAUGUUGGGCUAGAUACGACGAACAACAUUUUGCAAGGAUGGCAUGAAAAGUAUCCGGAUAAUCCCCUGUUUGCGCCGAUCAAAAUGUUGGAAAAAAUGGUAGCCGAAGGCAAGUAUGGCGUUAAGUCUGGAGAAGGAUUCUAUUCAUAUAAGAAGUAAUGUGGUUUGCAUGAAAUUGAUUUCAAUAAAAUGCAUUUUGGUUACCUAUAA